AUGCAUGUAAAGACAAAUAGUGUCAUUGCUACCAUCAAUAAAGAUCAGCCCAUCGUCACAACCAAACAAGAGAGUAAUUUUAACAUUGCUAAAGGAGAACUUUCUGACACCAAAACAAAAGCAUCAUUUAUUGAAAUUUCUUGGAGCUAUUUAAAAUCUUCAGAGUCUGGAAAAUAUUUUUGUGGAGCUCAUGUCAUGAAACCUGAUGGAAGAUCUGAACGGUUGAAUGAGAUGUUAGCAAUUAUAGUUUCAAAUCCAACAUUUGAUGAUUUGGUCAAAAUAAUACCGAAACUAUUGAGACAGGCUGACAAAGAGAAGAAAAAUAUACUAGAAAAUAAACAGAAUAUUUAUCACAUUAAAGUAGAUAUCAAAAGUAAACAAGAAAAUAUUAUAAGCAUAAAAGAUGAAUUGGACACUAACAGUCAAAACAUUAAAAGCAUUACAGAUGAUCUGAAUGCUAACAAACAAAGCACUUUAAGCUAUAUUGAUGAAUUGAAUAGUCUCAGACAAACGGUCAACAAUAUACAAGGUGACAUAAGUAUUUGCAAAGAAAGUAUUAAAAAAAUUUCCAGUGAUUUAGAUACUAACAAACGAAGCAUUGCAAGACAUAAUGAUGAAUUAAAUACUCUCAGGCAAAUUGUAGACAGUCUAAAAGAUGACUUAAGAACCAACAAACAAAGUCUACAAGACAUUACAGAUGAAGUAAAUACUAAAAAAGAAAAUAUAAAUCAGUUGAAAGAGGACUUGGAAUCAAACAAACAGAAGAUACAAAACAUUACACAAGAAGUGAAUACUAACAGACAAAGCAUAAUAAACUUAAAUAAAGAUGUGAACACCAGUCAACAAAAUUUAAGCAAGUUAGAAGCGGAUCUAGAGACACAAUUAACAAAUCUGUCAACUGCUUUGACACAAAUAAAUGAGAAGAUUGAGAAAGGACCACCAAUAUCUUGUCGUGACAUCAGCGAUACGCAAAACCACGUAAUAGUAAAGUUAUUGUCCGGGUUAAAGGUCAUGUGUGACACGAAAACAGACGGUGGCGGAUGGAUUAUCUUUCAGAGAAGAAUCAACGGAAAAGUAGAUUUCUAUAGAGACUGGAAGGAGUAUCGUGACGGCUUUGGAGAUUACAACAUUGGUGAAUUUUAUCUGGGCAAUGAAAAUAUUUUUAAGCUAACUUCAACUGAAGAAUAUGAUUUAAGAAUAGAUUUAGAAUUUAACAACACAAAAUAUUUUACGCAAUAUAACAACAAGACAUACUUUGCACAGUACGAAAACUUUAAAGUAUUGAGUGAGACUGAUAAAUAUAAACUACAGAUAGGAAACUAUUCAGGAAAUGCUGGAGAUGACUUAUCACCUCAUAAUAACAUGUUCUUUACUACUUUUGAUAGAGAUAACGAUGUGGCCAGUGACUUAAACUGUGCAGAACAAUGUUCAGGUGCCUGGUGGUAUAAAAGUUGUCAUGAUUCUAAUCUAAAUGGUCAAUGGGGACGUAAUUCAUAUAAGGGAAUGAACUGGGAACAAUUAACUAGAUACUCUAACAGUGUUUAUUUUAGCGAGAUGAAAAUAAGAGAAAGAGAGAAAAACUAUUUUAAUUAAGAAGAGCAAAGCCUAUCAACAAAGAAGUAGUUAGAUAUUAUAAAAAAACAUCAACAUAUUGAAAGUGUUUUGAUUGGCGCGUGUUUCAUUUGCUAUUUCCUAACUAUUUAAAAAGAAA